AUGCUCAUCCCAUCUAAAAGAACAGAAUGGUCAAAGUUUUGUCUGAUUUUAACACUCAUACGUCAUAAGUUGACCUUCAUAUUUCAUACCAGUAAUCCAACCUCUGGAAAUCAGAGGAAGAAGACGAAGACGAAGAAGCAUCAUCCAAUUGCUGGAACCAUGUUCAAUCAGCUUCUUAACUUCAACAGAUUGCAUGAUUACAUGACUGACCUUGCUAAAAAACACAAAACUUAUCGAUUGAUUAGUCCUUUCCGCUACGAGGUUUAUACAUCUGAUCCAGUUAACGUUGAGUACAUCCUCAAGACAAAUUUCGAAAAUUAUGUCAAGGGAACAUAUACCCAUGACAUUCUAAAAGAUCUUCUUGGUGAUGGAAUCUUCACCGUUGAUGGUGACAAGUGGCGAGAGCAGAGAAAGGUCUCAAGCUAUGAGUUCUCCACAAAAGUCUUGAGAGAUUUUAGCAGUGUAAUUUUCAGAAAAAAUGCAGUAAAACUCGCGCAUAUAUUAUCUGAAGCAGCUAGUAACAAUCAAAUUCUCGAUAUAAACGACUUUUUCAUGAAAGCGACAUUGGAUUCAAUAUUUAAAGUUGCAUUUGGGAUCGAUCUUGAUAGCAUGUGUGGUUCAAGUGAAGAAGGUGUAAGAUUUAGUAAUGCUUUUGAUGAGUCAAGUGCAAUGACACUCAAAAGAUACGUAGAUAUAACAUGGAAAAUCCAGAAAUUUUUCAACAUCGGAUCAGAAGCAAAGUUAAAGGAAAGUAUUAAAGUGGUUGAUGAGUUUGUUUAUAAACUUAUAAAGAUGAAAACCGAACAAAUGCACAAGAAUCAAGAUGAUUUUUCGUGGAAAAGAGAAGACAUUCUAUCAAGGUUUCUUCAAAUCAAUGACACAGAUCCCAAGUACUUACGAGAUAUAAUACUAAACUUUAUAAUUGCUGGAAAAGACACAACAUCUACAGCUAUGACUUGGUUUAUUUACAUGCUUUGCAAACAUCCUGAGAUCCAAGAUAAAGUUGCAAAAGAAAUCAAAGAAGCAAUCAACUUUAAAAAUGAUGUAACAAAUGUUGAAGAAUUUGCAAAUGUUGUGAGUGAAGAAGCAUUAGAAAAGAUGCAUUAUCUCCAUGCAGCUUUGACAGAAACUCUCAGACUCUUUCCUGCAGUUCCAGUGGAUGCGAAGAUAUGUGCUUCAGAUGAUGUUUUACCUGAUGGAUAUAAUGUAAAUAAAGGGGACAUGGUGGCUUAUCAACCAUAUGCAAUGGGAAGAAUGAAGUUUUUAUGGGGUGAAGAUGCACAACAAUUUAAACCAGAAAGAUGGAUUGAUGAAAAUGGUUGCUUUAGGCCCGAAAGUCCAUUUAAAUUUACUGCUUUUCAGGCAGGACAAAGAAUUUGUUUGGGUCGAGAAUUUGCAUAUAGGCAAAUGAAGAUUUUUGCAUCCAUUUUAUUAGGUUGCUUUGUUUUUAAGCUAAGUGAUGAAAACAAAACUUCAAAGUACAAAACAAUGCUUAAUCUUCACAUCGAUGGUGGAUUGCAUGUUUGUGUUUUCAGUAGAUACGUGUGAUAUAUACUAAUAUGACACUUUAACUUGUAAGUAUAAUGUAUGUUUGUACUUUGUAAUAUGACACUUUAACUUGUAAGUAUAAUGUAUGUUUGUACUUUGUAAUAAACGUGUUCGUGAA